AUGACGUACGGAGAGCUGAGAUGUUUUAGCAGCUACCCGUUACAAAAGCUCUUUGCAGACAUUCUCACCUUGCUGGUCAACAACCGCCUCUGCAGGAGAAUUUUCAUCAUCUCAGAGGCGUCCAUUCACUCGCCAAGUUCACAGUGUAGAGGCGAGAUCGGAGAGCUUCCCGUUGUAGAGAACCUUGUCCUCAUCCUACAGGACUACGACCUGGUGUCUAAGAGCAUGGCCGCCGAACUGCUGAGGCUUCUCUCUCCGGUGCCACGCGUCAGAGAUGAACUGAGGAAUGCUGUGCCGGUGCUGCUCAGCCUGAUGCACGCGCCCCACCUCAAGCUGCUGUGGAGCGUGGCCUGGGUCCUGGUGCAGCUCUGCCAGGACGCCCACACCAGGUCGGAAGUGCUCAGCUGGGGGGGGGGGGGCGUGCACACGCUUCUAAGGCUGCUCGGCAGCGACAGAAAGUUUGUCUGCGACCGCUUGUCCAUCGAGGAGCUGACAAGCGCCAGGGCCGCCGGCCGAGUCCGCCGAGGUCGUACGAGGGAGGAGCGAGGACCUCGCGCGGGCGCCGACAACAUCGUGGCCCUGCAGUCGGCUUGCUGCGCAGCUCUGACUGAGCUCAGCCUGGAGGACGCGUGUGCUCAUCACAUCGUGCAGGAAAACGGGAUGUAUAUUUUCGCCAAACUGAUUUUACCCCAAGAGUCUGGACCGAAUGUGUCAUCUUUACAGUGUUACGCAUUCCGGGCACUGCGCUUCCUCUUCAGCGUGGAGAGGAACAGACAUCACUUUAAGAGGUUGAUGACAUCAUGCCAGUUAACUUGAGGUGUUAAGUAGCUUGUUUGUUUCUCUUUGCAGGCUCUUUCCCACCUUUAUGAGGAGCGAAUCAUGGCUGUGGACCAGAACCGGCCCACGCUCAAACUGAUCAACGGCUACACUGUACUGGAACACCUCGGCACUGGUGCCUUUGGUAGCGUCUUCGAGGUACAACCUGGUCAGCAGUGUCGUUCCACAGUUGCCUUUUUACUCUGUGUUCCAAAUUAUUCGCCAAACCAUACGGCCCACCCAAAUAUCGUUAAGUACUACAAGACCUUCCUGCAAGAUGACAAGCUGUACAUCGUGAUGGAGCUGAUCGAGGGCGUUCCUCUGCUGGAGCGUUGCAACUCCCUGAAGGAGAAGCAACAGAGCUUCAUUGAGGAGCGAAUCUGGAACAUCUUCAUCCAGAUGUGCCAGGCCCUGAGGUACCUCCACCAGGACAAACGCAUCGUCCAUCGCGACCUGACGCCCAACAACAUCACGCUGGGCGAAAAGGAGAAAGUCACCAUCAUCGACUUUGGGCUGGCCAAGCAGAAGCAGGAGAACAGCAAGCUAACCUCAGUGGUGGGCACCAUAUUGUACUCCUGUCCCGAGGUGGUGAAGAACAAACCGUACGGUGAGAAGGCAGACAUUUGGGCUCUGGGCUGCGUCCUCUAUCAGAUGGCCGCCUUGGAGCCUCCAUUUUACAGUAACAACAUGCUGUCCUUGGCCAGCGAGAUUGUUGAGGCCGUUUAUGAACCACUGGAAGACGGAAUUUACUCUAAAAGGCUGUAUGCACAUCAUUCUUGA